AUGUCGGUGACCGCUGACAUCCCAACACUUCAUACACCACGAAUUUCUCGUUUUGUGGAUGAUGUCCUUCAAUUUUCGGGAACCAAUGUAGGCACUGGCAUUAAUUCUAUCGUAGUUGGAUUCCCGGCAGUUGGAGGCAGACUCCAUAAUCGAUAUUUCGAGUCACCUAGUCCUUCGGUGAUCUUACAUGCAAGUUCCCUCAUCACCGCCAAGAGACUGAACGAUGAGGUCGUUUUCCGUGUUCCGUGUCCUCAGAAUACCAAACUUGCGGACGAGGUGGCGUUCCUUGACGUAGCCAGUCGCAAGCUCUCUCUUGUUGUCGUCCCUCCGUUGACGCAAUACAAAAUUCAAGGGGGCGCUGGUCUCAAAGUCCCCGCUAAAUCUGGGUGA